GAUAUACCUCAUUCCACACCCUCUUCUCAAUCUGGCUUGAACUUCUGGCAGCUUCCUGUCGAUGUACUGCAGCAGCUGUAAUAAUCUUGCUAUCAUGAAAUAUAUAAAAACAUUCCUGAGUUUUACAAGCCUUCGUUAAUCUAAACAGAAUGAUGGGGGGCUUUGAAUGUAGUGUGGACAGACAGACAAGGACCUUUCUUUGUUAAACCUGAGACUAAACUCUGAAGAUAUGUGUCCUUCUUAUCAUCAUUAAAAGCUAAACUUACGUUGCUUCCUAAUGUUGGACUAUUUAUUAUGUGCUCUCUGGAAAUAAAUCAGAAGAAAUAUGUAAGUGAAGAGUUUAAAUCAUGGCAUCCACAGCUUUCCUUUAGAAUUCCUGAAAAAUCCACACGGGAAAUAUGCAGCAUUCAUGAAGCUAAAAAAUGGUGUUUAGAACUCAGCAAGAGUUCUGAGGGAGCGGAUGUAAUGUUCUCGUCUUUCUUGGUUUGCAUGAAUAACUCUUCAGCAGGAGGAACGCACUGUGCAUUCAUCAGCGGCAGCAGUGAGUGACUGUUUACUGCAGAAGGGUAGAUGAACAAGUUCCAAGAGUCGUUCUGAUGAUUUUUUUUUCUUAUUUGCACGAACAAAACUGGUUUGCUGCUCCUGUUACAUAAGAUAUUCUACGCAGAGGGUAAGAUUUUAAUAAAAUGAGCACCCAUUCAUUUCCACUAAAUAGCUGCCUGGGAAUGACAGUACCAGCCGGAAACGUUGAAUUAAUUAGAGAAAUAUAUGUGUUAAGUGAGGAAACAUCGAUUUUUAUGGUUGUAUUAUUGGGACACUCCCAUGUCAGUGAGCACAGUGAAUUGAUUCUGUUUUCAGAGCCGGGACAUGGGCUGAGGAAGUUUCAGAGGAAGGAAGCAGGCACUGUCCUGGGUGACAUCACAGCUUGGUUAUGUACAAGAACACGCAGCUGAAACAUCUGAAGUCCAUCAUCUUAUAGCAGAACAUAAGUGCUUAUUUUCUAAAAUGUGUAAUUAGAUAAACACAUUUAUAAAAAACAAAUCUUGGACAAGGUGGCAACAGAUUAGAGAGUGAAUUGGUCAGCAGAUGGCAUAGGCAGAGCGGAGUGCUGAGUAGGGCUGCUGAAGACACACAUUGGUGAGGGAGAGGAGGGACGGAGCAUUCAGUCCUCAGGCCUCUUUGCAGAAGCAAAGAGACUGUCUAUGAGAGUCACAAUGUACUUGACCCUGCCAGGACAAAGACUGACAAGCCACAGGCCCACCCGGCAGGCUAGUAGAGCAGUGGUUCUCAAAGUGUGUGUUAGGGACCCUUGCGGUGCUUGGAGCCAGCUCUAACAAGCUCAUGAGAACCAGUUUUGCACAUCUCUUUCCAACUCUGAGUUUAAUGACUUUUCCUUUUGGUAGCUUGAAACUCAGCCGUGGUGGGAGUUUUUAACCGCAGAAAUUAACAAAUCCUACAAAACCAAGGCUUUUCUCCUAGUAGAGUAGGCAGUUCAACAUUUACCAGGACACCACUGCCGGAAGCUCCCUGAGAUCCUUCUAGGGGUCUGCAUGGUCAAACUGUUUUCGUGGAGAGUGGUGAUGGUUGCACAAUAUGGUGAGUGGAAUUAAUGUCACUGAAUUAUACACUUAAAAAUGGUUAAAAUGGCAAAUGUUUUGUUAUAUAUAUAUUUUACCACAAUAAAAAUUAAUUAAAAAAAAAUUGACAUAAUACUAAGAUGUCAUUUGCCGGAUUUCAUUCUGAUUCUCUCAUGAGUGUACAGUGGAGUUUUCCAGAAGCUACAUGACGUGUGACACUACAACAGACUGAAUUCAGAAAUAGAUAUAAGGGUCCAGCUGUCUUCUAUUAAGCCAAAUGUUAAAGAGAUAUGCAAAAUGUAAAACAGUGACACUGUUCUCAAUAAUUUUUUUGUUUUGGAAAAUAGUUACUUUUCAUAAAAAUAUGUUAGUUAACACAUAAUCGAGCUGUUAUUACUCUAAAGUCAGUUAAUAAAGAUAUAUUUUUAAAUUCUUCAGUUUUAAUUUUUAACACAGUAAAUAUCAAUAGGUACAAAUCACAUAAAACUCAUUGAGGUCCUCAGUAUAUAAGAAUGCAAAGGGGUGCUGAGACCAAAAAGUUUGAGAACCACUGUUGUAGAGAAAGAUGGACAUACAAAUGAGUACAGUAGACUCUUGUGCUAGGAAAGAGGAUAGAGUAUAGUGGGGGAAGCUGCACUGAGUUUUGUACACCCUACUGCCUUAUUCUGGGGGCUGGAUAAGCCUGUUGCUUUAAUGACAUCUCUGCAAAUUCAAAGUUAGAUGCAAUGUGACAGACAUGAGCCUGGUCUCAGGAGAGAAUCCCAGAGGGGCGCAGAACAUGAUAUGAAGGCACAGGGCAUGAAGUGUUUACCUCCUCUAGGACUGGAGAACACAGGGCAGGUUAGGGCAGUUUGAAAUAGGUUUUUCCACUUCUCUAGGAGAAAGGAGGGCCUUGGUUAUUGGGGGUGUGUGUGUGUGUGUGUCUAAAUCAACUGCCAUGCCUCUUCAUUUCAUAAUUAAAACCUUUGUUAAAUCCCAAGGGUAAACAAUGUUAAAAGAGGAACAGUUGCACCUUGCAUUGCUCACCUACCACCCUUGAAGUUUUGCAAGAAACACAUGGAGAGAGGAAAAGACAGGCUUUGGUCUUAGAUCUCAGGUUAAUAAUAAUAAUACUAAAUCCCCUGGUCAGCUGGGCUCCUCCAGGGAUAAGACUUUAUUUACUGAAAGAGGUCAGUUGCUCACUUCGCUCCAUUCACCCAGGCCAUACCCAAGCUCCGACCACCCCAGUAUUGAGAGAGGCCAGCCAGAGCAUGCAGGAGAGAAGGGUCAGCAGCUGACCUAGGCAGAGCCACUCGUCUCUCACCUGGUCAGGCUGGACAGCUGUUCCAGGUUCAGUUGAGCUCAUCAGCUGCAGGAGACUUUCAAGAGAUCACAAGUGAGCCUGAGGGUCAAGCCUUCCCGUGCCCAGCCAUGUGGAAGGAAGACAUCCCCAGGGACCACCCUAGGUGGCCUCCCAUCGUUUGACCAUUUGCCAGACACCCUGAAAGCACCACUCCCACACUGUGCCCCAAAGGAACAGCAUUCCUGCUGGGGAGGCAGGGCUGUUCUUACUGGGGACCAUGGGUGAGCUCAGAAGGUCCUUACCUGUCCAGACAUUGGGUGGGUGUGCCAUUUCUGGAAAAAAGGUCUAGUUUUCAUCAGAUUUUCAAUGGUGGAGGGAGGAAGGCCUUGCUCAAAAAGUUUAAGAAUCGCCGUCUUAGAAGCCACUAGUUAUAGCUGCUCUAGUGAGGGUUUUUAAAAAAUUCCAUUCAUUAACAUUAAUUCAACCUAUAGCCAAGUUCUCCAAGCCAGGCUCAGUGCUGGGGGCUGGGGAUACAAUGAUGAGCAAGACCACAUAUCUGUGAUCCAUGUGCCAUUAAGGGACACAGAUAUAAAUCAGACCAUCAUACAAACUAAGUAUUGCUCUGAAGGAAAAGAGCCUCAUUCUAUGAGGGAUACGAUGUUGAUGUUUAAUUUUUUUUUUUGUAUAUAAUGUGUUUGUUUAUGUUUGAUAGGUAACACAUUCACAUGGUUCAGAAAGUCUCCCACCUUUGUCUCCCAGCCACUCUCUGUAGACCAUACAUGUUUUAUAAACUGUUGAGUGGACCUUCUGCUGUUAGACCUGGGCGGGGGGAGGGAGUGUGUAGAGAAAGCUUGCUGAGGAUAUGAUGCUUGAAAUGAAAUUUGAAGCGUUAAUGUGUGUUAACUGACUGGAAGGGGAUAGAGGAAGGAUUCUAGACAGAGGGAAGAGCUUGUGCAAAGGUCCUGUGGCAGGAGAGAGACGUGUAUUAGAAGGACUGAGAGAAAGCCCAUGUGGCUGAAGUACAGAAAGCAAGGUCAGGAGUGGUCCAGGAUGCUGUUGGGGAGCAGGGCAAGCAACCUAUGUCCUGUAGCUUGUUUAGGAUUCUAGACUUUGCCCAAAGAGCCCUGGAAACCAUUGAAAGAUGUUUAAGCAGGGGAGGUAAACUUGAAUCAUUCUUACAUUUUCAAAAUACCACCCUGGCUGUGUAUGGAGAGUAGAUUGGAGGGAAAAGCAGUUAAUGGGCUCUUACUUAGUUCUGGUAAAAAAUGAUCUAGCUUGAUGGUGGUGAAAUAAAUAGAUUUGAGUGCAAGUUUCUUGCUUCUGAAACAUUUUAACUUGAUGCUGAAAUAUUUGCUCAAGUUCUCUCAGUUGAGUUAGGAAAAAAGUUUGCGUAGAAUGUAGUUAACACUUGGUUAUACUGUCCAAGGACGUGGCCAACCUGAGGGUAAUUGAGCGUCCUGUGAAAAGCUGACUGGCAAGGAGCUGAAGGAGCAUGGACCCUUGCUGACGGCAUCUGGUGCCGCCUGCUGCCUGUGCACGCCAUGGCGCCUCUGCGGGGCCCUCCAGUGGCAGGAGGUUGCUACUGCUGUUAUAAAGUCAUAACAGAAUGACCCUGGGGGUGAUUAUGAAACGAAUGAUUAAAACCCCUGAUAGCUAUAGUUGUUUUGGUGUUUUGUACACUUAAUUUUCCUUCUCUUCCCUGGAACGCCCAGCAUGGCUUAUUCUGAAGAACAAGGAGGUGUCCCCUGUGGUUUCAUCCGUCAGAAUUCUAGCAACUCCAUUUCCUUGGACUUUGAGCCCAACACUGAAUACCAGUUUGUGGAGCAAUUAGAAGAGCGCUACAAAUGUGCCUUCUGCCACUCGGUGCUUCACAACCCCCACCAGACGGGCUGUGGGCACCGCUUCUGCCAGCACUGCAUCCUGUCCCUCAGAGAAUUAAAUGCAGUGCCUAUCUGCCCUGUAGAUAAGGAGGUUAUCAAAUCUCAGGAGGUGUUUAAAGACAAUUGCUGCAAAAGGGAAGUCCUCAAUUUAUAUGUAUAUUGCAAAAAUGCUCCUGGAUGUAAUGCCAAGAUUAUUCUGGGGCGAUACCAGGAUCACCUUCUGCAGUGCUUAUUUCAAGCUGUGGAGUGUUCUCAUGAGAAUUGUCGGGAAUCAGUCCUACGGAAAGAUCUGAAAGAGCAUUUGAGUACAUACUGCCAGUUUCGAGAGGAAAAAUGCCCUUAUUGCAAGAAGGAUGUGGUGGUCAUCAAUCUGCAGAAACAUGAGGAAAAUCUGUGUCCUGAGUACCCGGUAUCUUGUCCCAACAAGUGUUUGCAGAUUAUUCCAAGAACUGAGUUUUCACCAAGGCUUUUCUCCUUCCUAAUGCCGGUAGAUGAGCACCUUGCCGUGUGUCCUGAAGCAGAACAAGACUGUCCUUUCGAGCACUAUGGCUGUACUGUAACGGAUAAACGGGGGAACCUGAAGGAACAUGAGCAUUCAGCGUUGCGGGACCACAUGCUUCUGGUAUUAGAAAAGAAUAUCCAAUUAGAGGAACAGAACCUCUCCGAGGAUCAGACUUACCAAGCUCACAAAGGGAAGAAAACCAUCUGCAGAGAGGGAGCUGGAUUUUACUACUGCGGAUUAUUUUAUUACGUCUCUGAUUCCAUAUUAAAAAUUUCUGAUUUAUAUAAGAGUCUUGAACAGAAAGAAAGUAAAAUCCAGCAGCUAGCAGAAACCGUAAAGAAAUUUGAAAAGGAAUUCAAGCAGUUUUCACAGUUGUUUGGCAAGAAUGGAAACUUGCUAUCAAACAUCCAGGCUCUUGCCAGUCACAUUGACAAAUCUGCUUGGCUAGAAGCUCAAGUGCGUCAGUUAUUACAAAUGGCUAACCAGCAACAAACUAAACUUGACCUGAGGCCUUUGGUGGAAGCGAUUGAUACAAUUAAACAGAAAAUUACCACGCUAGAAACCAAUGAUCAAAUAUUAGUUGUUUUGGAAGGGCAGACUAACAAACAUGACGCCCACAUUAAUAUUCAUAAAGCACAGCUGAAUAAAAAUGAGGAGCGAUUUAAACUGCUAGAGGGUGCCUGCUACAACGGGAAGCUCAUCUGGAAGGUGACAGACUACAAGAUGAAGAAGAGGGAGGCGGUGGACGGGCACACAGUCUCCAUCUUUAGCCAGCCCUUCUAUACCAGCCGGUGUGGUUACCGGCUCUGUGCUAGAGCUUACCUGAACGGGGACGGGUCCGGGAAGGGGACGCACCUGUCGCUGUACUUCGUGGUGAUGCGAGGGGAGUUUGACUCGCUGUUGCAGUGGCCAUUCAGGCAGAGGGUGACCCUGAUGCUUUUGGACCAGAGUGGCAAAAAGAACCACAUUAUGGAGACCUUCAAGGCCGACCCCAAUAGCAGCAGCUUUAGAAGACCCGAUGGGGAGAUGAACAUCGCAUCUGGGUGUCCCCGCUUUGUGGCUCAUUCCACACUGGAGAACGCCAAAAAUACCUACAUUAAAGACGACACUCUGUUCCUGAAAGUGGCUGUGGAUGUAACUGACCUGGAGGAUCUGUAGUCGUUGUUUCUGGGGCGGAAAGAAGACUUCUCGGGUCCGGAUGCAUGAAGGAGGACACCUUUGAUUAUCAUGUUGACCUGGAUCUAGACUCAAAACACAUUCGUAUUUGGCUUUUUGCCUGUCAUGUUUGAAGUUGAUUCAAAGCUCCUGAAGUGCUGUCACUUUUCUACUUUUUACUAUGUCCCAGUUUGAAACUGAAAGCACUUAGAAUAUCCUCUCCUUAUUUAUAUUUUUGUAUCUCUUUAAAAAGAGGGUAAGUUUCUUGAGAGCAAGGUCUGGGGCUUAUCUCUUUCACUGGUGCUUAGCACCGUGUCUCAGGGUAGCUGCUGUAUAACAUUGAAUGUUAGUGAGGUGACAGAGGUGGCAGAAUUCAAAAUUUAAAACACUUUUGUAUUUUAUUAUUUGACCUAUUAAUUCAAGACCUGACCUUAACCCUGCAAAAACCCGUUUACCCAUUUUCAGGUAAAUGGGUGAUGUAGUUACAAAGACAGUGUACCCAGUUUGGGCUAGAUGUUUUUUUUCUUAAAUACUAAACUUGUGGAAGUCACUGUACCUCUAAAAUAUAUUCAGGAAAUUAACCAGCUGUCUACAAGCACAGUUUUGCAAGGCCGCACAGAACUGGUGAAUGUGGUAAACAUUUUCAUUCUCCCUGCUGAAGUAAAGCAGAAAGUACUGUCCUGUAUAUACAUGAGGAAAGCCAGCCAGCCAACUGAAGCUCAGGUUUUAUUCGGUUCAGCCAUGUGAAAAAACUUUUCACACGUCAAAAACAGUCAAAUAUCAUCAGUUCCAUAAGGUACAACCUAAUAAAAAAAUAAAUACAUCUAAGUAUACAAAUAGCUAAAAGAUAUUUUGCUAACAAUAGUAAAUUAAUUUUAGGAUGGGAAGAAUUUAGUAUAUGAUGGAGAAAAUGUCAUAAAUGGGUAAAAUGAACUUUAAAACCUAGGGAGAACAUCAUUGCAAUUUUCUAUGAGUGUCAGAAGUACUCCCAUCCAAAAUUCAUUGCUAAAAACAGUAUCUCCUGUUCUUUGUGAGACGAGCUAUUGAAUUCAUAAAUUGGUAUGAAAAUGGGCAUUUGUAUAAACUUGUGAAAUUUCUUGUCAGAGUCCUGAGUACUUUGUGAAGAACAGAAAUGACCAUGUCCUUAUUAUGCACCUAUCUGUAUGAGUCUGAGGGUCUGUGUAGAGAUCAAGAUGAAUCCUUAAUGACUUUCGAUAAGCCUAAGCUUAACAACAACAAAAAAAAAAAACCAAGUGUUCCUGAGCUCUUAUUCAUUAUAGUGCCUCUUGCCAUUGCUCACAUGUGGUCUGACUCUCCUGAGCGUGCAAGAACCAGUGCCACGUGGCAGAAUGCCAGGUUAAAAUAGCUCAGUCUGGUGAUGACAACACGCCUUCCAACUUCUGAGCAGUUAACCUGACAAAUCGAGCAUGAUUUAUGAAUAUCUUCUGGGAAUGAUAUUAUUGCUGUUAGCUGCCAUCAAAUUGGCCCCAAACUCAUGGCAACCCCAUGCACAAUGGAACAAAACUCUGCCCAGUCCUGUGCCGUUCUCAUGAUGGGGUGCGUCUUCAGACUGUUGUGAUCCAUAGGGUUUUCACUGGCUGAUUUUUGGAAUUAGAUCACCAGGCCUUUCUUCCUAGUCUAGCUUAAUCUGGAAACUCUGCUGAAACCUUUUCAGCACCAGAGCAAACGUAAGCCUGCACUGACAGAUGAGUGGUAGCUGCGCAUGAGGUACAGUGAUUGGGAAUCGAACCAAGGCCCUGCGUAGAAACUGAGAAUUCUACACUUGAGCCUCUUUCUGGGAAUGACAGGAACCUUCUUAGGCUCUUCUCUGAAGCUUUUAAGAUGUUACAGACUCAAACUGCAGGAGUCAUCUCAAAGGGUUAAAGUGGCUGCUGAUGAAACAUAGUACAGCCAUUGAUUAAUAGAUCACUUCAGAUAAUGUUGGGAAUGUUUCUAAUCAAGUACAGUGUCAUCCUUGUGCUCCUUGGGAGUGAAAGAUCAUACUGUUGUGAGUAACUAGUUUUAAGUAGUUGAUGGGAACAAUAUUUAAGUGAAUUUGUCAAAAUACUGGUUUUGUGUUUUAACCAACUUAUACAUAUAAAAAGUUUAAGUCAUGGUGUGAUUUGCUUAUGAGAUCAGAGCCCCUUCAUCAUUGAAGUAGUUAACAAAGAAUUCUGAAGUAAAAAGCUUUCCUUUUUCACAAAAUAGGAGUUGUGAUUUUUGUUUUGAAAAAGUGAAUCCAUGUAAAGUAUUAUUUGUCUCUUAUGAUGUGAACAGUUAUUUUUAUUCCGUGUCAAUAGAAUUUA